AUGGAUUUCAAUGAGACCUUUUCUCCCAUGGUGAAGCUUUCCACUAUUAAGUGCCUAAUUGCAGUGGUUGUUAAAAAGAAUUGGCCCUUGUUUCAACUUGAUGCUAACAAUGAUUUCCUUCAUGGUGAUUUAGAUGAAGAAGUUUAUAUGAAGUUACCUCCUAGUCUCUCUGUCUCUUCUUCCCCUUCUAUUCAUUUGGUUUGCAAGUUGAAGAAGUCUCUUUAUGGGUUGAGACAAGCUUUGUCUCAAGCUCUUUAUUCUAAGGAAUAUCAUCAUUCUCUUAAUGACUACUCCUUGUUUAUCAAGGGGUCUCCUAGUCAUUUGGUGAUCUUAGCAGUCUACGUUGAUGAUAUUAUUCUUAUAGGUGAUGAUUUGAAUGAAAUAUCAGACUUGAAACAAUUUCUGGACAAUGAGUUUAAAAUCAAAGAUUUAGGUUCUUUGCAUUACUUUUUAGGCAUUGAAGUUUCUGCUUUGCCUAAUGGUCUUCUCUUGAAUCAAAAGAAGUUUGUCACUGAUCUUCUAACGGAAUAUGACUGUUUGGAAGCUAGUUCUGUUGUCAGUCCUUUGGAGUUAAAUAAAAAACUCAAGGCUAAUGUUGCUGAUCCUUUACCAAAUCCUGAAAGGUAUCUCAAGGGCACUGUUGAUAUUGGUCUCUUUUAUUCUAACUCUGUUAAUUUGUCUGUGAAAGCUUACUUUGACAGUGAUUGGGCUGCAUGUCCCGACACUCGUAAGUCUGUCACCGGUUUCUGCAUUUUCCUAGGUGACAGUCUUAUUGCAUGGAAGUCUAAGAAGCAACCUGUGGUUUCCUUAUCCUCCACUGAAGCUGAAUAUCGGGCACUGCGUAAGGUCGUGGCAAAGUUAGCAUGGUUAUCCAGAUUAUUGGUUGAUCUUACUGUAUGUGUUUCUUCUCCCAUUUUUGUGUUUUGUGACAAUAUGGCAGCGAUUCAUAUUGCUAGAAAUCUGGUAUUCUAUGAGCGUACCAAAGACAUCAAGAAGGUCCUGGGGUCAUUUCUGGGUUUAUUUGAGUUUAUCCAAGCUGGUUUUGGAUUUUCACUGGUGACAUUCAUUUGA